UGUAAGGGGGUGGGCUGGGAAGUGGUUUCUGUAGCAAGAUGGCGGCGAGCGGCCUCCGCCGGGCUGCCGGUGCGGCCAGCACCUCGGUGAAGCCCAUUUUCAGUCGAGACAUGAACGAGGCCAAGCGGAGGGUGCGCGAGCUGUACCGCGCCUGGUAUCGGGAGGUGCCGACCACUGUGACCUUAUUCCAGCUGGACAUCUCUGUGAAGCAGGGUCGGGAAAAAGUCCGAGAAAUGUUUAUGAAGAAUGCCCACGUCACAGACCCCCGCGUGGUGGAUCUCCUGGUCAUCAAGGGCAAGAUGGAGCUGGAGGAAACGAUUAACGUGUGGAAGCAGCGGACACACAUCAUGCGAUUCUUCCACGAGACAGAAGCGCCGAGGCCAAAGGACUUUCUGUCCAAGUUCUACGUUGGCCACGACCCAUGAAGUUGUUCAGUGGGAAUGUGCGUGUGGAUAUUUAAAUACACCAGAGUAUGUACGAAUGAA